UUGACGACAUCGAAUCAUAUGGUAGCGAAAGUGUUAAAGGUGGUGGGAUACGUGAUAUGUCACAUCCCACCAUACUGUCGCCAAAUGAAGAAAGUUGUUCGCAUAAGAUUAUUAGCUUCGCAAGUGUUUAAGUUUAAAACUUUAAGUCAUGCACGGUGUACUGUUUGAUAUAUAAUUAAAACAAUCUUAUCGAAGUGACAGUAAAAAUAUUCCUCUCCGAACAAUUUUAUACAGUACACAAAUUACAUCGUCACAAGUUCAAUUCGCACUCCACGAUGCCGAAAGUACCGUUCACGUUUAGAGGUCUCAUUACCCCGGUGUUUUCGCCGUUUAAUAAUGACAGCUCAAGGAGUUUAAAUUUGUCAAUUAUACCUCAAUAUGCCAGCUAUUUAGCCUCGAAGAAGGUCACCGGAGUCCUUGUAAAUGGAACAACUGGAGAGGGACCAUCUAUGUCUACAAGUGAAAGGAAGCUGGUCGCAGAAGCAUGGUCGAACGCUGUGAAAACAACAAAACAACAUUUAAUGGUUCAAGUAGGAGGUGCACCUCUUCCCGAUGUUCUUGAACUCGCAAAGCAUGCUGAAAGUAUUAAAGCGGAUUCCAUACUCUGUCUACCGGAAUUAUAUUUCAAACCAUCAACAUUUGAACAAUUGACUGAAUACUUAAAAUUAGUUGGCUCCACAGCUCCAAAUACGCCGCUUCUCUAUUACCACAUGCCAACGCUUACUAACGUUACCGUACAUAUGCCAAAAUUCCUUGAAUACGUUGACGGAAAAAUUCCAAACUUCGUGGGUAUAAAAUUCACAAGUGCUAAUUUAGAAGAAGGUGCUCAGGCACUACAUGUUCAUGACAAGAAAUACGCAGUGUUCCUCGGAAUUAAUCAGGUAAUAAGCGCAGCUUGCGCAUUAGGAAUGGAUUCAAUUAUAGCAACAAGCUCAAAUAUCCUGCCAGAACUUGUACUCGAAAUUUUAAAUGAGGGAACAGCCGGAAAUAUGUUGAAAGCAAAAGCAAAACAAGAACAAUUGACAAAGGCCCUAAUGGCUAUAUCGAGACAUGGUAAUUGGGUAGAGACUUUAAAGACGGCGAUGCCUUUAUUAACGAGUAUCAAUCCUGGACCUACACGUCCACCUUUGAAAGUUAUAUCUCCACAAGACAUUGCUACAGAUUUACGAAAUGUUUCCCUCCUUACCGGUGCUUAGGGGUCCCUUACACCCCAAGCCAUAUACGCACAUAUAGAGCAAUGAACAUAGCGCAAUUUAAAAAGCGUUGUUUCUCUCUGGCUGGGCACUCUGAAUGCAGAUCUAAUCUCAUCUGGGGGUGUCUGGUACUCCCUAAAUCAUGACCCCUCGAAAACAAAGGUAUGUCCAGUCUUCUACAUCCGUAGUCAUUGGUAGUGCCAUUUGAACGUAAAAAUUGUUCGUUUUUAAAAAAGCGCCAUUUACUUGUUAAUUUUGCCGCUCGUGGUCAGUUAGCGUUAGUAGUUAUGUUAAAAAAAGGCGGUAAUAUUAUAUAAAAUUUAAUAAAUCUAAAUAUAAUGAUCAUUUUGAACCAGCGGAACAAAACUGAAAUAUUCAAUUUACUUUUUAAACUCAAACAAUGAUACAAAACACAUUUAUAUAAUCAUAUUAUGUAACAAUAAACAACAAGUUCUUUCUUUUCUACAUAUUUAAUGUUCAAGUAGUUAUUUAUUUCAAUAUAUCUGUCGUAUCAAUACAAUGAUGAUUUUUUUUUUUAUUCAUUCCAUAAGGAUUUUUAUUUUCAAAAUAUGUUUCUUUCGAGCUGUGUAGGAAGAAUGAUCUAUAAGAAUGGUACAAACGUUCAAUAUUUUAUGACUUUUUUAUUGAAUGUUUCUAACUGUUAUCAAGAAACAAUGUGACAAUGUGAUAAACUGGUCUUUGUAUAUUAAAAUUUUCUUCACACAAACGUAACCAAUGAUAUCAGUUGUUCUUUUUUUAAAUGAUCAGCACAUUUCUCUUAUUAAUUUACACAAGCUUGUACCAGUCACUUAUGGCGACCUUAGUAAAUGCGUACGUAUUUAUGUAUGUCGGUGUAUUCAAUUUAUGAAACAUCAUUUAUCCAUUUUGGAGACGAUCUUCGUAUGAUCUAUGAACAAUUCGGGGGUAAUAAUGGUAAGUAGAUUUAUAAAAGCGUUGUCGGUAUAAAAAACAUCAUUUAUCAUUGAUAUAACUAGGAUUUUUGUCUGGGGUGGGUCAGAUUACACUUUACUAAAAGUUUUAAAUGUCUAACUACUCAUUACUCAUCAAGAGUAUUAUUGUACGUCUUGUAUUUAGUUAACAAAUCAUUUUUACUCGUGAGAGGGACAAAUCUGCAUUUUAGGAGAGGUCAAGGCCCACCCUGGGCCCCUUCCUAAUUACACCAAUGAUCGUUACAGGUAGAAAAAAGAAAAAGAUUCUAAUCAAUUCAGUGUACUCCCUUCGCUAAAUAAUUAUUCUAACCAAUUCUCCAGUUAUUUAAAUUCAAUUCUUCUCCUUAAAUCUUAUAGUUAUAAACUAUUGUUUGCUACCGUUGGUUAGAGUAAUUGUCUAAAAGUGUCGAACUUAAUUCCGGCCUUGGGAAAUAUGUAUAGGGCCGUUACUGCUCCUGUCUACAUUGUGUGUUCCUGGUGGUAAGUCAUAUUCCUUUAAUUAUUCGAUAUUUUCAAUUUUGUAAUAUUAAGAAGUUUCAAGAAACUCAAGAUAUAUGGUAAAUAUUUAAUUGAUAUUCGAUAUCUCCAAAAAUUUGGUCCACGUCCAUGUGGUGUAAUUGAUGCGAUACUUGAAACUGAUCCAUAUCAUUUUUUUGUUUUUAAUAACCUUGAUUGUAUGAAAUUAAUAAAAUGAAAAUAUCGUUUCUCUGUAAAUGCUUAUCAGCAUUUAGUUUAAAUGCUCUCUAACUUUUAUUUGAUCCAUCGAAUGUGUAUUCAAUGUGCCAUAAGUAGGUACAGCUGUGUCGUUAUUACAUGAAAAUAUUUUAUUUUCUUAGUGUAGCUUUUCAGGCCUCGACAAGACAACACGACAUUUCAUUCGUUCGAGUCUUCAAAGUGACGCACUUUAGGAUCAAAUCAUAGGCCUCCUAACAAUAGAUAAAUAGGUAUUAUAAUCAUAAAGUUGUAGAGAUUCAUAAUCAUCUGACACACUAUACUUACUAUAGAAUAAAGUAGAUUUUCAAACACUUUCAACAUUUUUAAAAAAAUUUAUUUAAGUUUUCUUUUUGGUAUAAAACUGUUUGUAUUUAAUAAAAUAAACAGGUUGCUAUGAAAUGCUUUUAUCUUUUUAUUUUUAUUAAUUAUUAAUUAUCAGUUAAUAAUGACAAUUAUGCGUUCACUUAGGAAUAAAUAAUUUGACUGUUUAAUUUAUAUCAGCAAGUAUCCAUAAAAAUGAUAGCUUUAUUUUAUCAAAUAUUUAUAAAGCUCUACAACUUGUAAACCAAGACCAUGUAUUGUGUAUUUUAGGAUAUUAUUAAGUAGGUAUAGGUAGACAUUGCCUAUAUACAAUUGCAACAAUGUUGCAUAUGCCUACUUCCUGGCAAUCCUAAGUAAAGCUUACAAUUUGAAUAAACUUUUUUUUCCUCGUUAAUUAUGUCUUUAAUAGGUAAGUAAUAAUUCUAUUAGAAAUAACAGUACAAUAAUUUGAACUGUUAUUAUCCUGCAUCAUUUACAUAUUAUAUUUUCUAGUUCUUUUAAAGUAUUCUCAUACAACACGUUUGUAUGUUUUGGUUCUGAGAAAUAAUUAAGAUAAUCAUUUUUUACUAUUAUAACUGGCCAAUAAGUAUCUGCCAUUUUUUUUUCUUAUAUUAUUAAUCUAUUUAUCAUAUAUACAGAUAAUAUACAAUAAUCUCGCUUAAUAUAAGUAAUGUUGUUAUCCUAUUUUCGAUAAUAUUAUUAUAAUUAUACGAAUAGAAACUUGACCGCAUCUAAUCCUUCAAUGUGCGCUAUUGAUGCACACUGGAAUAUAAAUACACGUUUUUUGUUUUAAUAUAAAAUUUGUAUAAUCUACAUGAAUCACUUUAAGUAUAUCUUCUCUUUUAAUCACAAAAGAUAUAAAUGUAAUAACUACUAUGCAAGCAAGGGGGGCCAUGGGCGGUGUCACUCUGGCAGUUUUAUCAUACAAAUAAUUCUAAACCUGAAUUUUCGUUAAACGAGAAAUCAGUCCGUUUAAAAAAUUUGUGCUAACCGUUGUCAUAUAGAAUUUAUUUCCUCAUACUGAUUCAGUUUUCUAUUCUCAUCUGUUUCCAUAUAAAAUUUGAUUUUGUGCAAUUUAUUGUUAGUUUCCCUGGAAAAUUUAAAUCUAUAGUCGCGAUUUUUCUUUCUAAAACAAUCUUAACAAAAAUAAUAACUAAUAUGGUAACUCUUUUGUUUCAGAUUUAAUUACAAGUACUACAUCAAAAUGUGAAAAUAAACUCUAUAUAUAAUUGAUGUAUCUUCAGAGAUUUUGUGUAUCAUAACAAAAUAUUGUUUAUCUAAGGGAAUAAAUCGAUUUUGAUAAAUUCUCAAAAUAGAUAUAAAAAAAAAAUUUAAAUUAACAAAUAAAAAAAUUUUUUCGUAUAAAUGAAAAAUGUAUAGUAUAUAUUCUCUAAACAUAAUUAGAAGUUUUCUUUGAUACGUGUAUACUUGCAAAAACUCAGGAGAUACACCACGUGAAAUAGAGUCUCUCCCUCCAGUGUGAAGCCCGAUAUGCCCUCGUUUCUGUGUGUCAUCUGUUGUCACUAAUCAUCUAAAGGAAAGGAACACUAUAUGCGCUAUAUCCAUCAAUAAGCAGGGUAAAUUCACAACAGAUGAACGUCUUAUCUAUUUUUUUUUUCCUCGAUUAAAACUUAUUUACAAAAGUUACUGUACAACUGUAUUUCUGUUGUGAUGUAGGUCCAUCAUAGCCUUUCUGAAUGCGAGUAGACCGGUUCUGAGGUAAAGAUUGUAUUGCAGGGAGAACUUCAAAGUGAAGUCUUUGUGAAAUAGCACAGCACAUUUUGUCAAGCAAAUAUUCCAAAAUCAUAAAUUCGUCAAUUCCCGAAAGGAGGCGUCAAGAAUCCUCUCUCUAUUCGAAGAGAGCAGACGUGAAACAAUCUUGAAAAUGACGGUCGGACUCGCAACGCGGAAACUGUUAUUCACCGAUUUCAAUCGUACAUACGCGUUUAACCGAUUCGCGGAGUGAAACGCAACGCACAGGCCAGUCGCUAAUAUUCCAUCUUGACGAGGAGUAAAUGACUUCAGCUUGGAAUGUAUACUAUCUAGGACAUAACGCCGCGCCGAUAUUCGCCGCGGUUCAACGUUGGCUAUCGCGAAAAACCUUAUGGUAUUUCGCUAUCUUCGUCGGCUCUCUCGCGUUCCAUCGUUCAAACGUAUGUAUUCCUUGACUCAUGCUCGUGUCAAUGCGUUCCGCGUCCUCGCGAAAUUGAUAAACGAAUCCGCGACCAAUUCGCCUAAUUGAUACUUGAAGAAGAACCUUGUUCUGCAUACUGAAUGAAUUUCUAAAAUAAAUU